AUGGUUGAUCCUACAGCUGAUGUGGUUCUUCUAAGUGUGGAAUCCAGCCUGCACACCAACGUCCAGGCUCUUCUCAAAGAGAUGAACAGUCAAAGUGCUUCACAGAAAGGAAGGCUUAGAUGGAGUCUUCAUAAGAAGUUGGAGAGCGAUCCAUCCUGCAGCGAUUCAACGAUCCGAGUGCUGGUCAAAGAGCUGGAGAAGAAGCUAAAGGGUAUGAAUAAAACACGAUCCUACAUGCAUGUCAUCCCAGUGCUGCACACUCUCUACUAUGUGGUUAUUCAGUCAGGUGCCAUGAUCCCUACCAGUCUGUACCAGGUAGUGUAUGAGUGUUUGACGAAACUGCUGAUACUACCUUUGCCUUACUCUGCUGUGGCCCUGAGCACUCUCAGGAGCAUCAAGGUGGAAAUGAUCACACCAGGCUCCUUGUAUCAGAGGAGAGUUAUUGCAGAGCAAAACCUGAAGAAUGAGCAUUUCACUUUGCAAGAAAAGGUGUUUGUGCUUGCUGAUCCAGCUGUGUUUUCAGUUCGACUGGAAGCAACAAUAAGAGCAUACUUGGAGGUUUCCAGUUCUCUCAGGACAACUCCAGCCAUGGAGAAAAAUGUGGUGCUACGUGUGCUGCAGACAGGGCUGGGGACGAUGAGCGGCCAAAGCUCCAGACUGGCUCAGUCUCUGGACGCUUUAGAGGACCAUAUGAUAGAGAAAUAUUUUCAGGAAGUGGUUCUAGCUGUUGAGCAGAGUAUAAAGCAUGGUGCAGGUGGUCAUGCAAACUAUCUGAACAAACUACAAGACAUAUGCAGAGACAUCCUGACUGCCUCCAAAGAAGAAAUAACCAAGGUAGAUCCCGGUACUGUGUGCAGCCCUGCAAUGCCCUUUCCAGAGAUCAACUUCCUCAUGUGGAGAUAUGAAGAGGAUCUAUGGAAUCUGCUGGCAAACUUCACCCUGGGUUGCUGCCCUUACUCUGGUGUUGAUGAAGAAGUAAAGGACAAGCAACAUUCAGUUGAAUCUGAAGAGCAGACUCCAGUCAGAAAUCGUGGGCCAGCAUUCAAUCGGAGAAAUGCCUUUAAGAAUAUAAAGCCAGCAGAUAAACUGAACCUAAUGAGGGAGAAGAUUGAAGCAUUUCCUGGAAGCUUUCCUGUCCUUAAAGAAGACAGGAGGCGUCACACAGCGCGGAUAGUGGUGAUGGGAGACGAUCGAGUGCUGGGAAGACUUUCCCGGGCUUAUCACUCUAUUCGAGAAAAAGAGUCAAAAUGUCUUAUUUUGACCAAGAAACUGAACAUACAGUUGUACUACAUCCCAGUCACUGAUGCGGAGCCUUCGCUCAGUCUACGUGAUAGCCCAUGUCAGGAGGAAGGCAGACGGUCACUCGCCUCUUUAUUGGGAACAGUGGAUCCAUGGUACAACAGCAACAUUAACAGUCUGGAAGCUGAAAUCUCCAAACUGGCUAGAAUGCACUCUAAUCACAGUGAGCCAUCGCAAAACCUCUUUCUACUGGACACCCUGUGUUACUACCUUCGCUGUGGGACGCAGCCAGUUAACCUACCGAUCUAUUCGGUUAAGAUGACCCGUUCCAGCUGUGAUGUGACCUCUGUGGUGGAGGAUGUGUUUGUGUGUCAUCUGGAGGCAGAUAUCCCAGAGUUCAGGCACCUUAAAGAAAAGUCCUCAAAGAAGCCCUCCGCACGCCAAAAGAAGUCAACAGUAGAAGUCUUUGGGGCUGUCAUCUCAGUCAGUUAUACAAAGACCUUGUUAAGCAAACGAGAAGUUGUAAAUGGAGAGGCACCGAUGACAUAUGGCGUGGUGAUCACAUCAGAGCCGGCAACUGUAACAUCAGGUGAGGAUUACCUUUCUGUCAGGUUUGACAGUGUAAACCCUGGAUACAACACAACGAUCCAAACCCGAAGAAUCAGCAUCAAGACGUUGGAGCAUCGAACACUCUCUGUGUGCCUGGACAAGGACUCUUGCAGGACAUACACUGAUGUCCAAAGGAUAGAAAUCUCUCCGUGCUUGGACCCAGGAUGCAACAUCCGGUCCAGGUCAGGUGUCAGCAGCAAGCAAGAGCUGCCGUUGAGCAAGUAUCUGGACAAAGUCCUGUCACUGCCAAUCAACACCUUCACUGGUGUGAACCUCUGAGGGACACGAGCUGUCUACUUCAUGUGUACAUGUAACAGAGUUAUUGUGUGUUACACAGUGGUAAGUGACAGAACAUUUGGUAACAUUGUAUUUCAGACUAGUUGUAAGCAGAUAUGCUAGUAUGUAUUUGUCAAAAACUCUCUGUCUCCUGCUGUGGACACCCAGAAGUGGAGACUAGUGUAUAGACUAUUUCUGAAUGACAAUAUAGUAAAACACAUUGUUUUAGUAAUAUACAAUAGCAGAAGUUAUAAUCGAUAAAUGCCUUUGUUAUUGUAAUUUUUAGCUCAUGCUUCUUCUUAUGGUAACUAUUUAUAAUAUGAG